UCGCGUUAAACACGCUCGUGUUAAAUCAUUGAAUAGAUUUGAUCUAGUUGAGCGCCUUUACAAAAGACCAAUCGAUCCAUCAGAUCAUCAUGAUUCACGUCGGAUUUGCUUUACAUCUGCUGCUGCUGCUGUUGCUGUUGCUGUUGCUCGGCAACCAGGCGACGGCAACACUGAGUCACAAGAGCCUAAUUGUGUGUGGCAGCAACCUGGGCUGCCUGAAGGGCAUCUAUAUGCCAGGAUAUCAGAUCAAGCGCUUUGAGGGCUUCCUUGGCAUACCCUACGCCCUGCCACCCGUUGACGAGCUGCGCUUUAAUUAUCCCAAGGUAAUGCCCAAGCUGCAAGGCAUUUAUAAUGCCAGCACUGCCAAACCAGACUGCAUUCAGAAGAACUACCUGUUGCCCACGCCCCUCAUCUAUGGCGAGGAGGAUUGCCUCUAUCUCAAUGUUUACAGGCCGGAGCAUCGUUCUGGGCAACCCUUGCCCGUUAUGGUUUACAUACAUGGCGGGGGAUUCUUUAGUGGUUCCGCUGGACCGCAGCUAACGGGACCGGAGUACUUUAUGGACACGGGCGAAGUGUUACUGGUCACAAUGGCCUAUCGCCUGGGCGCCUUGGGUUUUCUGUCCACACAGGACUUAUGCAUGCCGGGCAACUUUGGUCUCAAGGAUCAGCAGCUGGCAUUGCGCUGGGUGCAGCGCAAUAUUAAAUAUUUUGGUGGCGAUCCGCAACGCGUGACCAUCUUUGGCCAGAGUGCUGGGGGCGUGGCUACGCACCUGCACAUGCUGAGUCCACGGUCGGCGGGUCUGUUCCAGCAGGUGAUCAGCAUGAGCGGCACAGCAAAUGUGCCCUUUGCCCUUGUCGACGAACCUUUGAAGCAGGCCCGGCAAACCGCCGAACUCUGCCAGGUGGCAAAUGCCCAGAAUCUGAGCACAGCCAAAUUGACACGUGCCUUGCGAGGCGUCGAUGUCCAAACGCUGCUCAAUGCUGGCGAUGGAUUAAAGUUCUGGGAUGUCGAUCACAUGACCAAUUAUCGUCCAGUUGUCGAGCAUCCAGCUGACGAGGCAUUCCUCAGUGUGCAGCCCAAGCAGCUGAUGGCCAAAGGUGACUAUAACAAAGUACCCUGGCUGCUGGGCACUGUGCCCGAGGAGGGCGCCGUUCGUGUGGUGAAUAUCAUGGAGAAGUUAACGCUGCGCCAGGAUUUCAAUUCACGCUUCGAUGAGCUGAUCCAGGCGCAGCUGGAAUUGCCCAAAGCGUUUAGCCAGCAGCAGUUGGCCCAAGUAAUGCAGACUGUCAGCGAUGUGUAUUUUCACAAUAUCCACGAAGUCAAUGAGCAGACUGUCCAGGGUUUCCUCAAUCUCAUAUCGGAUAGAGGCUUCAAGCAGCCACUCUAUAAUGCCAUGUGGGAUUAUGUAAUCAAUCUAAAGGAGAGAGAGCAGCAGAUGUUUUUGUAUAGCUUCAAUUACCUGGGUCCUUACAGCUAUGCCUCUGUGUUUACCAGCGCGAAUGUGACCAAGAAAUAUGGCGUUGUCCACUGCGAUGAUUUGAUCUAUCUAUUUCGUAGUCCGAUGCUAUUUCCCGACUUUGAGCGCAACUCGACCGAGGCCAGAGUCAUUAAAUCAUUUGUGGGUUAUUUUGUGCACUUUGCCAAAUUUGGCAAACCAAGGAAUCUCGAAUCGCUCGGACAAUGCACGGAGCAAGUGCUCAAGUCGCGACCCGAAGGAAUCUGUGAUUAUCACUCCUUUGAGAAUGCUGAGAAAGAUGCAAAUGGAUUCCAGGUGAAAGUGGCUCAAAAGUUGCCAGCCGUAAAUGUGAAAAUCUGGAAUAGUUUACUGGCAGAACCAAAGCGUUACUAAGCUAACUUAUUUAACGUAUUCAAAGCAAAGUGAUUAAUUCUCUUCUUUUACAUAACCUAUAUAUAUGGCAGUAGUCACUCGACAGAGGUAAACUAAGUGUAAACCGUGAAACUAAUAUUUUUUUAUUAACUAACUGUUUUAAAUGAUGUUCGUUUAAGUAU